CACCCAAAAGUGUAUGUGGCCAGCUUUAUUGUAAAAAGCUCAUAAGGAUUAAAUAGUGGGUCAGAUAAAUUUUAUUUGUAUUUAUCAAAGGAAUAAAUAUUUUUACCUGACGCUUAAUUAUGUCACUGAUAUGUAUCAGUAUAUUAUUGUGAUAUUAUAAUAUUAUAUUAUUAUUGAUAAUAGAAUUAAUCUAAUUGAAAAAUACGGUAAAGAAUCAAAAGAAAUCAAACAUUCAUUCAUUGGUCGUACAUUGCCUGUCUCUAUACACUGUCUGUAGAGAUUGUGUUUAUUUUAUUAAUCAUGGACUACAAAGAUGAACAGCGCAAUGAAAUCGAAGCUCUAGAAUCAAUUUAUUGUGGAGAGUUGGAAAACUUUAAACGUAACUUUGUAGUUUUAGCAACAGAGCCGUUUUAUACGUUUGCUAUUCCGAUUAAAACGGAAGAAUAUGAACCAGAAACUGAAAAUGGACUCAGCUGUCGAUUAGAAUUUACAUAUACAUCAAAGUACCCGGAUGAACCAUUACUUAUAUCAAUAACAGAACAGGAAAACUUUGAUGAAGAUAAUGAAGAAUUGAAAGCACAUUUGGUAGAACAGAUGAGUGAAAACCUUGGUAUGGUAAUGGUCUUUACGUUAGUUAGUACGGCACAAGAAUGGCUUAAUGUACAAUGGGACAAAAUAAAAUUAAAGAGAGAAGAGACAGCCGCACAAAAACAAAGAGAGGAAGAGGAAGCUGAAAGAAAACGAUUUGAGGGAACUCGUGUAACUGUGGAAACUUUCUUAAGUUGGAAAGAAAAAUUCGAUGAAGAAAUGGGUUAUAAGAAACGAAAGGAACUUGCAGAGCGUGAAGGAAAAAAAUUGACAGGAAGAGAGUUAUUUAUGACUGAUAAAACAUUGGAUCAGUCAGAUCUUAAAUUCUUGGAUGAUGGCGAUGCUGUGAAAGUGGAUGAAAGUUUGUUCCAAAAUCUAGAUGACCUAGAUUUAGAAGAUGAUGAUGAUGACGACCCAGAUUUUGAUCCAAAUAUCUCGGAUGAUAGUGCCUAAAUGCAUUUAAUUUAGUAGCUGCUAACGUGAAUUGAUACGUAAACAAUAAAUUACAAGGAAUACUUAUUAAAUUAUUACACAAGAAAUAUGAUAUAUUUGAGAAUAUAUUUAUGUACUAGAACAUCUCUUGUGAGCUAGGUACUAUAUCUACGCAAAAAGUGGUAGUGAUAAAUUAAUUAUUACCACCGAGAUAGAAAAUAUGAUAGUUUUUCAAUCAAUCUUUUAUUGGAUUUCAAAACUGAAAUUAUAUAAUUAAGGAAUGAUAAUUUUUAUACUUAUAUAUAUAUAAUAUAUAGCUGAAUUUUGUUCAUAAAGCUUUGUUGAUUAAAGAAAUGUGUGAUACA